AUGGUCUUCGCAAAGUUCCUCCCGCUCACCCUCCUCGCCGGCCUGGCCCUCGCCUCGCCCGUCGCCGUCCGCAACAACAACGCCACAGCCAUCCUCCUCGCCGUCGCGCCCACCUCCUCCACCUGCGACGGCGCCGCCUUCCCGGACGAGUGCGCCACCGCCGAGCACGCCGCGCAGUUCGUCCCCGCCGCCAUGCAGAAGUACGCCGUCUACCGCCCCGGCGAGAUCGCCGCCCUGCUCUCCCUCAUGGCCUUCGAGACGGGCGACUUCAAGUACAACCGCAACCACUACCCCGCCCCCGGCCGCCCCGGCCAGGGCACCCGCAACCUGCAGAUGCCAAAGUACAACCUGCUGUACGCGCUCUCCAUCCCCGAGCUCAAGGACAAGGCCACCGCCAUCGCCGGCUCCGCGGACGCGGACGGCAGCACGCUGUCGGACGACAAGAAGAACGAGGUGCUCGCGCUCGUGAUGCCCGACGAGUACGCCUGGGGCUCCGCGGCGUGGUACCUGACGACGUACUGCGACCAGAGCACGCGCGACGAGCUCGCCGAGGGGACUGUUCGCGGGUUCACGCUGUACAUGGAGUGCAUCGGCACCUCGGGCACGGAGGACCGCGUCGCGUACUGGACGCGGGCCAAGGCUGCGUUUGGCCUGGCGUAG